CCGCAGCUGUGGGGGGAGGGGGCGCUGGGGCAGCUGAAGAACUGCCCCCUCGGCUGACUGCCUGUUUCCUGUGCUUCUAACCCACCACGCAGAGUCACCAUGUCAGGGCCUGGAAGCAAGCGGGCAGCUGGAGAUGGGGGCUCAGGGCCCCCAGAGAAGAAAGCCAACAGGGAGGAAAAGACCACCACCACCCUGAUUGAGCCCAUCCGGCUAGGCGGCAUCUCUUCUACGGAGGAGAUGGACCUCAAGGUGCUGCAGUUCAAGAACAAGAAGCUAGCAGAGCGCCUGGAGCAGCGGCAGGCUUUUGAGGAUGAGCUGCGCGAACGCAUCGAGAAGCUGGAGAAGAGACAGGCCACUGACGAUGCUACCCUCUUGAUUGUCAAUCGCUACUGGAAGCAGCUGGAUGAAACGGUGCAAGUGCUACUGAGACGUUACGAUGGAGAUUGUGGGCAGUCUUUGGAGGAGCCCAAACUGGAGCUUGCAGGAGCGGAGUUAGAGGGGUCUCUUCUUGGACCAGAGGGAUCUGAGAGGAGAGAGGCAGUACUCUCCCCCAUCACUCCCCCUGCGCCCUGGAAGGCUGGGGGCCUGGUGCUGAACGAGACGGCCCUUUCCUUCCUGGCCACCUUGGCCAGCAGCAGCAGCGAAGAAAUUGAACUGCAGCUUCAGGAGCGCAUGGAGUUCUCUAAAGCUGCUGUCUCCCGCAUCGUGGAAGUUUCUGACAAGAUCCACCGGCGCACUGAGGAACUCUGCCAGAAGAUCCAUGCCCAUGUGGAAUUCGACCAGCUGGAAGAUGCAGUGAAGGCACUCACCAAAGAGCUGACGAGGGAGAACCGGCAUCUACAGGACUUAACCACCCAGUUGCAGGAGAAGCAUCACAAGAUCUCCCUGGAGUACACAGAGCUGCAGGACAAGGUGACCUCCUCAGAGACCAAAGUGCUGGAGAUGGAGACCACCAUUGAAGACCUGCAGUGGGAUAUCGAGAAGCUGCGCAAGCGAGAGCAGAAGCUGAACAAGCACCUGGCCGAAGCCCUGGAGCAGCUAAACUCUGGGUACUAUGCGUCAGGCAGUUCUGGCGGCUUCCAAGGUGGGCAGAUCACACUUAGCAUGCAGAAGUUUGAGAUGCUGAAUGCAGAGCUGGAAGAGAACCAGGAACUUGCUAACAGCCGCAUGGCAGAACUGGAGAAGCUGCAGCAAGAAAUGCAGCAGGCAGUCAGGACCAAUGAGAAGCUGAAGGUGGCCCUGCGGAGCUUACCUGAGGAGGCCGUGAAAGAGACGCUGGAGUUCAAAGUGCUGCAGUCCCAGUUCUCGCUGCUGUACAAUGAGAGCCUGCAGGUGAAAACGCAGCUGGAUGAGGCCAGGGCCCUGCUACUCACUACCAAGAACAGCCACCUGCGCCACAUCGAACACAUGGAGAGCGACGAGCUGAACCUGCAGAAGAAGUUGCGGACAGAGGUGAUCCAGCUGGAGGACACGCUGGCGCAGGUGCGCAAGGAGUAUGAAAUGCUGCGCAUCGAGUUCGAGCAGAACCUGGCUGCCAAUGAGCAAGCAGGCCCCAUCAACCGGGAGAUGCGCCACCUGAUCAGCAGCCUCCAGAACCACAACCAUCAGCUGAAGGGCGACGUGCAGCGCUACAAGCGCAAGCUCCGGGAGGUGCAGGCAGAGAUCAACAAGGUGCGGAUGCAGCAGAGCGGCUUUCCCUCUGGCUUGGUGGCCACACCCACCACGCCAGGGAGCGAGGAGCCGGCAGCUCUGCUCGGGGCCCCUGCGGGAGCCGCCGUGAAGGAGGAGGACGGAGCAGCCCCCUCCGAGGUGAAGAAAGAGCCCAGGGAGGCGCAGGUGAAGAAGGAGCCCAAGGAGGAGGCAGCAGUGGCGGCACCCCAGCCACUCGGGCUGCACGAGGGCAUGAAGAAGGAGGAAGAGGAGCUGCCUGCCCCCCAGCCCCCCACGCCGCAGCCGCCCCCACCCCCUCGAGCCAAGGAGCCUGAGCGGUCCAAGGGGCGGGGGACAGAGCGGGGAGGGGAUCGUGAGAGGUCGCGGGACCGGGACAAGGAGACCUGCUCGUCCUCAUCUUCCGCAUCGUCCUCUUCCUCACGGGAUCGGGAGAAACAGAAGGGGGGCGGCAGCAGUGGAGGCUGUGAGGAUGCCAAGAAGAAAGAUUCGGAUCUGCUCAAACAACUGAGAACUGAUCUCAAAAAAGCUCAGGAGAGCCAGAAGGAAAUGAAGCUUCUCUUAGACAUGUACAAGUCAGCCCCCAAGGAGCAGCGGGACAAAGUUCAGCUGAUGGCCGCUGAGAAGAAAACCAAGGCAGAGGUGGAGGAGCUGCGGGUGAGGAUCCGUGAGCUGGAGGAGAAGGAGAAGAAGGAGAGCAAGAAAAUGGCAGAUGAAGAUGCUUUGCGUAAGAUCAAGUUGGCCGAGGAGCAAAUUGAGCACUUGCAGAAAAAGCUGGCUGCAACCAAGCAGGAGGAGGAGGCUCUUCUGUCUGAAAUGGAUGUGACAGGCCAGGCUUUUGAGGACAUGCAGGAGCAGAACAUGCGGCUGAACCAGCAGCUACGCGAGAAGGAUGAUGCCAACUUCAAGCUGAUGUCUGAGCGCAUCAAGUCCAACCAGAUCCACAAACUGCUGCGGGAGGAGAAGGAUGAGCUGGCUGAACAGGUGCUGGCUCUCAAGUCUCAGGUGGACACCCAGCUUUUGGUGGUACAGAAACUGGAGGAGAAGGAACGUGUCCUGCAGGGGAAUCUGGGCACAGUGGAGAAAGAGCUGACUUUGCGCAGCCAGGCCCUGGAGCUGAACAAGAGGAAGGCGGUAGAGGCUGCCCAACUGGCAGAAGACCUGAAGGUGCAGCUGGAACAUGUGCAGUGUAAACUAAAGGAGAUCCAGACCUUUAUGGCUGAGAACCGGGCAGCCAAGGAGAAGGAGUCUUUCAACCUCAAAAGAGCUCAGGAGGACAUCUCUCGCCUACGGCGCAAGCUGGAAAAGCAGCGCAAGGUGGAGGUGUACGCAGAUGCUGAUGAAAUACUGCAGGAGGAGAUCAAGGAGUACAAGGCCAAGCUGACCUGUCCCUGCUGCAACACACGCAAGAAGGAUGCCGUCCUCACCAAAUGCUUCCAUGUCUUCUGCUUCGACUGCGUCAAGACGCGCUACGACACCCGCCAGCGGAAGUGCCCCAAGUGCAAUGCAGCCUUCGGUGCCAAUGACUUCCAUCGCAUCUACAUCAGCUGAGCACUUGGGCCCGAUUCCCCCAUCAGGGGAUCCCCCUUCAUAGACUCUGUCUAGGCCUCUUGCAGAGACCUGCCUUGGGUCCAGCUGGGACAUCUCCCCCCAAGUUCUUUGGCUCGUGUCUCUGGA